UCUAUUCGGGGCUUUGAGCAAGUAAAAUUAGGUUUAAUUACAAAAUGAUGACAGUUUGCGUGGAAAUAAGUAAUUAUGUUACAGUUAUUCUGUAUUUUCUAGCAAAACGGAAGACAUCAGUAGUGGACUACUCGAACCAAUAAUAAAGAGUUGUUUUAAUAAAUUGAUAAUUGUGUUUUAAUAUGUAUCUGUUUUCUUUGAAUUAAUAAAGUGUUAUGUAUUACCCGUGGUAUUUUGUCACAAUGAAGCAAAACCAAGAUGUUUUCUUAGGGAGCCAGACUUUGUUUGUAUAUAGAAGAGCUUGAAUCUGAUGAUUACAUUGUAUUAACCACCUGAAUGGGUCAAAUUUAAACAAUGACAUGGCUUCCUGUAGAUUUGUCGAAAGCCUUUGUCUCUUAGCUUGGUGGUUGAGAAGUAUUAUCGUUUGUUUUAUAUAAAAUUAAUUGGAGUAAAUAGAAUCAAAGAACUUUUGCCGAUACCUUGUACGUAUAAAUGGCAGGUUAUAGUCGAAUGGUUUAUUUCGAGAUUAUUCAAUACGACAGGUUAUCAUUAAUUCAAUACGGCAUCAUGUGGAGAAAUCAAACCAAGGAGUACUCGCAUUAUCUGGUUAAGUUUGACGACGGUGGCUUACUGAUUGUUCCCAGAAGUAGGAUAUUAGAAGAGGGUAGGAUUGCGGAGAAUGGGAAGUACAAGGUGCAAUAUAACAAACCCGAAGAUGUGUCUGACGCUGUUAUUAUAAAGACUGGAGACUACUUGACAUUGUCAAGGCUAAAGAGGGAGAUGGGACAAAAGAAGAAAGAUGAGCAUCAAAAGAACCCCAGUACAAUCCCGACACCAAAGCGUACCUUAACGACGAGUCGCUUACCCCAACCGAAAAGAAAGAAAAUGGCAUCAGUUAUCCGUCGAACGACGCUAGAAAGUUUCAGUUCCAAUGACCCACGUGAUCUGUCAAUUUCUAAUGUAUCCUCGAGCUCCUAUUCAACUAGCUCAACACCAGAAUCAGUCUUCCAGGCAUCAUCAAGAAUACCAGUGCCCGUACGUGUAACAGUACCCCGAGAUGUCGAAUCGCCCUCUACGUCUGAAGAACAGUCCCUCCUGCAAGCCCUGCCAGAUUUACAAGAUUGUGAAAUUACAUGUAGGCAGCUUUUUAGGACACCUAAUAGGAACAGGCAGAAAACACUCUCAGCAGUAGAAAGGUACAUGAAGACAAUGAAUAAAAAGCAGCAUGAACUACAACUAGAAGUCAAGGGACUGCGACAAGAAUUAAAGGAUAUGAAUAAUCUUGUUUUGUUGAUACUACAGAGACUCCCCCCUCAUGGCGAGGGACAAGAUCAGCAGAUACCACCAGUACCUAGUCCCCAGCCCGCCACACAGACGCUGCCAACGCCUGAAACUGACACAUCAAAAUUUGGUGAUAUCCCACCGGAAUUUCGUAUUUCUGCUGAAGAUCUGAACGCCAUGCACCUCCAUGCUUUUAAUGCCGGCCAUUUCGCAACUAAAAUAGUACAAAGACUUUUUCCGGAACUGACCGGACCCGACAACUUACGGCAGAAAUAUUCGUAUUUCGGUGGGGGUAGAUGCAAUAAGCUAGAACUCGAUACACGACGGAAAUCAUUCGUCGUAAGAUAUGUUUUACAUCAUUAUCCUCAAGUGCAAGAAAAACAUGCCUGGCAAGAGCGCGUGGUCGUAAAGAUUAACGAAUUUCUAAGACGAAAAUGAAUUUUAUGUGUGUAUAGACAAAAAAAUUUUUAAAUAGAAAAAAACAAACAUUUUAUGUGUGUGUGUAGACAAAAUAUUUUUUAAAAAGAAGAAAAAAAAGGUGUUUGCGAUGGAUUUGAAUACAUUGUUUACCAAGUGUCAAGACUUUAUGUGAGUAAAUACAUGUACUAACUGCAAUAAAAAAUGAAUUCACUUUUAGUGCAUGUAUGAUUAUUAAAUUUUGACUGUAAAAUAUUAUGAUUUGUAUACAUUGUGCAUAUGUAUUACAUGUACAUGUUUAACCUAAUUUCGAUUUUCAAUAAAAAUCAUGUCAAUGGAACCAAAAGAAUAUAUUGUAUGAUUAUUUAAUUUUGACUGUAAAAUAUUAUGAUUUGUAUACGUUGUACAUUUGUAUUACAUGAUUAACUUACUUUCGAUUUUCAAUAAAAAUCAUGACAAUGGAACCAAAAGAAUAAAAUGCUACCCAAAACAUCUCUUUAAUUGUCGGUUAUGGAUUUAUUAUGCAAUAUCGAUGCAGGUUCAAUCACGAAACUUGCGCUUACACCGUCUAGUAUAGCUUUUGAGCUGCUGAUAUGUAUAUGCAGUAGAAAAUCGGGAAGUUGAACGUACGAAGGAAUGGAAUCAUUCAGAAGUGUACUCAAAAUAAGUAAAUUAUAACGGGGUGAUGACGAGAAUUAACACACGUGUGGCCAUUGUAUAAAUAUAUGCCAUGUACGCGUCUGUGUGAAAUGGCUUUAUUUAAUAUCCGCUUCUACCGAAAUGAAAUGAGGGGCACCCAGUAGAUGUAUAUUGUCACAGUACCCCUUCCCACCCAUAUUGUUUUAAUGCGUCAUAAUACAUUGUUAUUAUGUACCGGUGACAGUCAAGAUUUGCUAAGAAUAUAGUCCCCGUGUCGAACCCAACAUCUCAUGUUUUCGCGCGUUUCAGACCACGUGACUAACGGUUAACCACAUUGCGGAAGUGAUUUAUGGCGUUGUGCUUUAUGGAUUUAGUUUAACUAAAGCUGCGAGUAAUGAAGUAGUGUGUAAAAUCUCAUCGUAUAUAAUUCAAAGUUUGGAUUUGGUAGCAGCCAAUAAGAUGAAAUGAUACGUUGUAAGUUAUUCAUUGUUUACAUACGCCGUACACGGUGGCACCACGUUAUACAUGUACAGUGUGUUAGAAAUAAAAAAAUACGACCGUAGCUGCCUCGCCAACGGUUAACAUAUCUUGUAUUCAACUUAAAUAAAUUACAUUUUCCGUCAACAUGCUUACAUCGGGAUGAUAUCGGCACUCAAGCGAUUCACCGUGUUCCACCGCGAAACACUAUAAUUCACCGUGAAACACCCUAUUUCGCGGUGAUUUGGCAAGCUGCCGUUUCGCUAGCGAUUCUCCGAGAUUCCACCGUGAAAUAGAGUGUUUUUCCACGGUGUUCGGUGUUUCUAGUCUCAAA